UGCACUUACAGAUGGAAGCAACCAUAUCACAUACCAGAAGAGAAUAUUUAAAGGAACAAACCUGCUAUCGGAAUGAUUCUCUGCAUGUGCUAAUGGCAGACAUCACAGACACCCUUGGAAGAAGCUUGAGUGAUAAAGAAUGUGUGUGGAAUGAAAUGCAAAAGGUCGGAUUAAUUGAGGACUUCAUUUACCAAAUAGAAGAGGAUUUCACCCAAAAAAACAAGAGGUCUAAAGAGCAGCAGCAGAAAGCAAAAGACAACAGGCCUCUGACUCUGAGCUACCACGCGACACCAGCAGAAGUGUCAAAGACGGCAGAGAGGACAUUAAUACACUUGCAGCCUGACAGUCAGGACAACAAAGGACUGUCUUCAAAUUAAUGAGGCGUCCCCUCACAAAGGCUCAUCUUUAGCAAGAAGUCCGUGCACAUCAUUAGUCUUAGCUGGCAGAAAUAAAUGGACUUUAGGAACCUGGCUUCCUUUUUAUUUAGAUUUCUUUCUUGUUUACUCUGAGAUAUGGUCUCCUUCUCCUUGCCCCAGAUAAGAAGUGAAGAAAGAUAUAAAGAAAUAUUCAAACAUUCAUCAUUUAGGGGAUUAACUGGCAUUUCUGAACUACCGAUGCUGUUGCAGUCAAAUUUUGAAUUACUUUUGUUGACAGUGUUACAAGGCUUUCCUCGGCUCUCAAUAAAGCAAACAAAACAUCCCCUUCAGAUCAGACUUUGUCAAAUUAAUCUUGUCUUCCUUAUCAAAACAUUUUAUACUCAUUAGUCAGCAGAAUUGCCGAUAAAGGUUAAAGUGAAACAAGGAAAUGUCUCACAAACUUGCAGAAAAAAAUUGUUUGCUUGAAUUAUGAUCUCCCACUUCCAUUUCUAAAAAGUGUCAGCAGCAUUCUCAUAACACCAUCCAUCUGCUUGCUGGGCAGUGCUUCUUUUUUGACAUGGCUUGUAUUGAUGGAAGAAGAUGAGAUAUCACCAAUCACUGGCUUCCUUUUCCUGCACAUCUCAGUCAAAAUGGAGUGAAACAAA